GAUCACAGGGCACGAUGAAAUCACAAAGACAAACCGGCGAUACCCUCGUGUGUCUUGAAGUCACGAAGCGAUCCAAGGAUGACAGCUUUCUGCAUCCAUCUCACAAGAGCCUUGUCAUAUUUUUGGAACGCUGGUGUACCUUUAAGGAUGAAGUGCAAUCAGUAUUUGUCACUCUGUUUGGUGGCACUUGUAUUUGGAAAAGUUUUUUCGCUUCCCCACCAUCCUGAAUAUUCAGGACAGUAUCCGGGAACAGUAACUGAUGCUCGAAAAUUUGCUGAGAAACCAAAUUCUAUGAAGAAAGUUGGACUUGAUAACAUUGAAGAAAUUAAUACAAAUCAGAUACAGGAUGGAGGAAGCACUGGAUUUUCCUGGUCGAAUAUGCUGAGCAUCUUAAUGCAAAUGUUACUUGGGCAAACCGCGGGACUAGCUAGUCCAAGUAAAAACGAAAUCGAUGAAACGGUGCCAGCGAGUCCUUGGGCAAGUCUCUUAUCUGUCGGUUUAAGAUUUCUGACUGCACUUUUGAGUGGACAACAACAGCCUGUGGAUGGCAUUGAUAAAGUUGAUAAUCAAAGCCGCCCGUCGCAGCAGUUCAUCAGCAUUGUUAUGGACCUUUUGGAUGCAUUGAAAACAUCAUUUUCUCAACGUUCCUUAACUGCUCGUUCGCUCGGAAGAAGAGAUUCCAUUUCUGAGGCCGCUAUAGCAUCGAUAUCUAUGUUAAAGGGCUACGUGAAGUCCAUGAAAUCAUUUGGAAACUUAGCAAGAGCCGAGGAAGAAGGGCAACGUGGGUGUGCCGAGCGAGCAUUAUGCGAAGCAAGUGCUGAAUGUGUUGCAAAUGCACAAGGAACUAAAUCCAUGUUCUGUCAAUUAGGAUCCUAUGCAACGAGUUACGUGUUACAAAGACAAAGUGGUGUCGCAUUUGAGGCUCUUUACACGGCCGGUAGGCGUGGACGCUCUGGUGAAGACUGCAGGACGCUUUUUAUGGAUUGUAAUGCUGUUUGAAGAUUUACUCCACACUCAUUCUUUGUAGAUGAACAAAUUGAAAAGACUUUAAAAUUUAUCUUUAAGUAGGUUGUUCAUUUCAUUUUUGAGAGAAUAGGUAUCAGUCGUCUAUUACAGUUUGUCUAUACUGCUCUAAUUAUAAAAUCGACUGCUACUAUUGAGAAAGUAGUAAAUCGCAAUUGCUGUUAAUCAAAACCCAAUUCGUGCCCUUUAUACUAAGUAAGUAUACAUUUGUAUAUUCUUAUUAUAGAGGGCACGCGUUGCUCUUUUGUUAAGAGCUAUGCCGAUUUAUUAAUUUAUUAAUAGAAUCAGUCAAAGUGAGUGUUUAUAUUUAAACAAUCUAAGUAAAAAUGUUUCGUUCCGGAAUCAUAAUAUUAGAUUAUUUUCACGAAUUUGGGGUCAAAUUCAUGAAUUAUUUUGUUGCAUAAUAUUAAAUUAUAUUCAUUAGAUGAUUGCAGAAUAUUGAAUACAAAUUAAUUUGAAGAGUGAUUCAAAUUUUUCUGACUUCUGAUUUCUCUUGUAUAUAUAAUAAUAAAAUCUUUUAUUUAAACCUUUCACCUAGAAAUAUAUAUUUGUUCAAAUACUUAUUCACUAUUUAUUAUCAAGGUUUCAAUUCUUUUCUAAUGAUUAUGUUUCUGCGUAGAAACGGUCGUCAUAUUCCUUAAUUUUGAUCAAUUUAAUUUUAUUAACAUGGUAUGAGGUGUCUAGAUAUAAAACAUGUUUCUGACUAUUUUUUAAGUCCAUAUAAUGAACUUUUUUACCUUUUGACCCCGUUUUCGUAAAAAACUGAUAAUUUUGAAUAAUUUUACUCAAUGGAUUUGUAACACACGUAUAAAAUGCUGUAUGAAUCCGAUAUAUUUGUUUAUAUUUAUGGGCUUAAUAGAUCGUAAAUCAGGCUGAAAUUGGGUUAUUUUUAUAUGCAGAAUAAUAAUUUGACCAAGCACACAUACGAAUAUUAGCUACAUGUUACUGAAACUCCAUGAAAAUGAUUUUACCAUACAAAUUGCUAUACCUACCAAUGUUGGGAAUAUUUCUAAAAAAUAGGAACACUUUACAAGUUACGGUUACUUUUUCGGAAAAGUAACUUCUUAUCGUUACAGUUAGAGACACCGACUUAACCUAAUUUAGCGACCGUUUAAAAAAUACUUUUUUAUGCAGAAACGAAUGUCGGUUUUUAUUAAAUGAAUCUUAUGUAUUCAAAUAAUAGAUUUUAAUUGUCGGUAUGCUGGUCCAAAAAAUCUCUUUAUUAAUACACGUUUCGCCCUUAGGCGGAGGGUCUCUUCACUAAAAUACAACUAUGUACAUAGCCAUGUAAUAAUUCGAUGGAGAUAGUCCUUAUUAACUUUAUGGAGUGAACCAUGUCAAGUCAAUGAAAUAAAAACUGUUUGUUUAUGAUAUAAUUGUCAAAUUAGUAAAAGUUAAAAUAGCUAAAAAAUAAGAAGUUAAAAAGAUAUGUUGGCUUCCAUGUUGGCCUUAUAAGAAUGUUAUACUUCGUCAUGGCGGCCUACGAAACAAUAAUGUGAUGGCCCACCAAUGUUUAUUGUUAAUAUAACAUUCUUAUAAAACCAACAUGGAAGCCAACAUAUCUUUUUAACUUCUUAAUUUUUAGCUAUUUUAAUUUUUACUAAUUUGACAAUC